GGAAAUUUAAGAUGCCUCGUUAUGAUGAUCGCCAUGGUAAUUCAACACGACUCUAUGUUGGGCAUUUGUCAUCGAGGACACGAUCACGUGAUCUAGAGGACGUCUUUAGCAGAUACGGAAGGUUUCUGGGUUUGUUGCCCAACCUGGAGGUCUAUGGUGAGAGGUGUACCCCUUGGUGGAUUUGGUCAAUAUUCGUGCAGUAUUUUAGGGGCUUUGGCAAUUCUUAUGAUAGUGUUAUUGCGUGUUUUUUUGAUGGGAAUUCCAACAACCAAAGUGGUGUUUAAUUCAUCUUUGAGGGAAAAGUAUGAAGCCGUUAGUUCUAAUGUCUUGAUGCCCUUGUUGUUUCUGGCCACCAUUUACGCAGAGUACGUGAUGUGGAUAUGAAGCGUGACUAUGCAUUUGUGGACUUUAGUGAUCCUCGAGAUGCUGAUGAUGCGAGAUAUGCGUUAGAUGGACGGGAUGUUGAUGGGAGUCGUAUUAUAGUUGAAUUUGCAAAGGGGGUACCACGUGGUCCAGGUGGGUCACGGGAAUAUCUUGGAAGAGGUCCUGCACCAGGAACAGGACGCUGCUUCAAUUGUGGAAUUGAGGGACACUGGGCUCGAGAUUGCAAGGCUGGAGAUUGGAAGAACAAAUGUUAUCACUGUGGGGAGCGAGGUCAUAUAGAAAAGAAUUGUCCAAACAGUCCCAAGAAAGUUAGACAUGGACGGAGUUACUCCCGCUCACCAUCUCCUCGACGCGGUAGAAGUCGGAGCCGGAGCCGGAGCCGUGGUUAUAGUAGGAGUCCUAGUCGCAGCCGAUCCAGAUCACCACCCCCAAAGAGGGAUCGCGGUAUUGAACGUGGGGAGGGAGGGUCAAGGAGGCGGCAUAAGACCUCACCAUCUCCAUCCAAGGGAAGGGCCCACAGCCCAAAAGCUGAGCAAAGCCCUAGAAAGAGGGGUACGCCAUCGCCAAGAGAUGGUAAGGCUGCCAAUGGAUCAGACUAUAGCAGGAGUCCAAAUAGAAGGAACAGGAGCCCCGAGGAUGAUGAUGUUGAGGAGAGGAGUCCCAUUGAAGAAAAUGGUCGCAAUCGCAGCUUUAGCCCUAGGGACAGUGGAAGCCCUGUUGAUGAUGAUGAAAAUCAUGGAUCUCCGAGGGGCAGUGAAUAGUUUGAGAUUAACCAAGUAUGUCUGAAUUCACUAUCGUCUGAACUUGUGGUAUAAUUUGUUGAGUGGUUUAUUUGAUCUAGGGACUAUAUUUGCUCGGGAUAUGUGAAACCUUUGUAUGUGGAUUUAUCGUAUUUUGCAGUUUGUACCAUAACUAAUUGGAUUAUCUUCUUUCUUUGGAGAAACUAUUCUAGAUUGCUAAAGACUUGCUUCGUGAAA